AUGAAACUGGCGUGGUGUGUUCUCCUAGUCACGCUAGUGAUGAACGUUUCGACUGUGAUUGGUUCUUCCGACAUGGAAAGUAGUGAUUACAGUAAUUCUACGAAAGUUCUAACCCGCCGAAAACGAUAUUUAAUUUUCCGUGACAUAUCGAGAGGAUUUGUUCGUGUCAAUAUUAAGGACAGAAUGGCAGACAGCACAAACAUCUGGGCCCAAGGUGUUGGAUACCGUUUGAACGUUGAAUACAACAAUCCACCCGGACUCAGAAUUACCAAACGCGACCUGCAUAACUCGAUUGAGGAAAUGUUACAAACGCAUGGCUUUGAUGGAAGAGCGUGUAUUUUGCGAACCUUCUGUGAGAUAUCGAAAAUGGUUACACCAGCCAGUGGAUUUGUUUUCAAGCUAUUCAAAAAAAUAUUCGCACAUCCCAGACCAACUGACGUUAGUUCCACCGGUUCUAAUAGUUUACCCCAAGGCGAUGAAAUUUACUUUCCGUAUCUCAAAUCGAACGAUUGCGAGGAGCUGGAACGUCACUGUCCGAUAUCGCAGCUGGAAUUACCAGAAGGAAGUGAAGAGCGAUGAUGGCGAGAAAUGUUUACUAGUGUCCUGUACCAACAAUCAACAUCCGGGCUCUGCAAUGCUCUAAACAUAUUUUCUUUGUUAGAUCCGGUUAUGGAAAAAAUAUCACUUACUUUUGCCUUUAUACUAACAAGAAGACUUCGGAUACAAUACAGAUGGGAAGAUGUAA